CGGGCGGAAGCGCGGGCGGGCUCUAGCGGCGGCGCAGUCCCCUCAGAGGGGCGCUGGAGCGCGGGUUGAGGUACCUCGGCCGAGCGGGACGCGCUCGCUGCGCGGCAGGGCUGCUGGCAUGAGCGACACCGGGGCCCCAGGACCUGAGGCCAGCGCUGCGCGGGCCGAGCCGGCCGGCGCGGCGCUGAGCGUGGACGUGGCGGGGCUGCUGGCGCAGCUGGCGCGCAGCUUCGCGCUGCUGCUGCCGGUGUACGCGCUGGGCUACCUGGGCCUGAGUUUCAGCUGGGUGCUGCUGGCGCUCGGGCUGCUGGUGUGGUGCCGGCGGAGCCGCGGCCUCAAAGCCACCCGCCUGUGCCGCGCCCUGGCGCUGCUGGAGGACGAGGAGCGCGCGGUGCGCUUGGGGGUGCGCGCCUGCGACCUGCCCGCCUGGGUUCACUUUCCAGACACAGAAAGAGCAGAAUGGCUAAAUAAGACUGUAAAACACAUGUGGCCUUUUAUCUGCCAAUUUAUAGAGAAGUUGUUCCGAGAGACCAUCGAGCCAGCCGUGCGGGGAGCAAACACCCACCUUAGCACCUUCAGUUUCACCAGAGUCAACAUGGGUCAGCAGCCCCUCAGGAUCAACGGCGUCAAGGUGUACACUGAAAAUGUGGACAAGAGGCAGAUUAUCCUGGACCUUCAGGUCAGUUUUGUAGGAAAUUGUGAGAUUGACUUGGAGAUCAAGCGAUAUUUCUGUAGAGCUGGUGUGCAAAGUAUACAGAUUCACGGUACGAUGCGCGUGAUCCUGGAACCGCUGAUUGGAGACAUGCCCUUGGUGGGAGCCUUGUCCAUCUUCUUCCUCAGGAAGCCACUUUUGGAAAUUAACUGGACAGGACUGACCAAUCUUCUUGAUAUCCCCGGACUGAAUGGUUUAUCAGAUACUAUCAUUUUGGAUAUAAUAUCAAACCACCUGGUGCUUCCCAAUCGAAUCACUGUUCCGCUUGUCAGCGAGGUUCAGAUAGCCCAGCUGCGGUUUCCAAUACCGAAGGGUGUUCUCAGGAUACACUUCAUUGAAGCUCAGGACCUUCAGGGGAAGGACACCUACCUGAAGGGGCUUGUCAAGGGGAAGUCAGACCCCUAUGGCGUGAUCCGAGUCGGCAACCAGAUCUUCCAGAGCAAGGUCAUCAAGGAGAACCUGAGUCCGAGGUGGAACGAGGUGUAUGAGGCCUUGGUCUAUGAACACCCUGGACAGGAGUUAGAAAUCGAGCUCUUCGACGAAGACCCGGACAAGGACGACUUUCUAGGAAGCCUCCUGCUCGACCUGACCGAAGUGGAAAAGGAGCGCCUUCUGGACGAAUGGUUCACCCUGGACGAGGUCCCCAGAGGGAAGCUGCACCUGAAACUGGAGUGGCUCACACUGAUGGCACAUGCUGCCCACCUGGACCAGGUGCUCACAGACAUCCGAGCCGACAAAGGCCAAGCCAACGACGGUCUUUCCUCCUCCUUGCUGAUCUUGUAUUUGGACUCAGCGAGGAACCUUCCGAGUAACCCAUUAGAAUUUAACCCCGAUGUCUUGAAGAAGGCCGCAGCUCAGAAAGCUUUCAAGUCGGGGAAGAAGGUGAACAGCAGCCCCAACCCUCUGGUGCAGAUGUCGGUUGGUCACAAGGCCCAGGAGAGCAAGAUUCGGUACAAAACCAAUGAACCUGUGUGGGAAGAGAACUUCACUUUCUUUGUCCACAAUCCCAAGCGCCAGGACCUGGAAGUCGAGGUCAGAGACGAGCAGCAUCAGUGUUCCCUGGGGAAUCUGAAGAUCCCGCUCAGCCGGCUGCUCGCCAGUGAUGACAUGACCAUUAACCAGCGAUUCCAGCUCAGUAAUUCAGGGCCAAACAGCACCCUGAAGAUGAAGAUUGCCCUCAGGGUACUCCACCUGGAAAAGCAAGACAGGUCUCCGGACCACCAACACUCAGCUCAAGUAAAGCGACCCUCAGUUUCCAAAGAAGGGAGGAAAAUAUCUGUCCGGUCUCAGAUGUCUGGGUCACCAGGCGCUGGUGACAGCAGCCCGGCCCCGUCCACACCCGUCAUUGGGGGCGCUUUGAAGCCUGGCCUGGAGGAGAGAGCCCCGCCUGCAGAGGCCAGCCCUCAGGGGCCAUGGGACCUGGGCCGAAGCUCCUCCAGCCUGCAGGUCGGCGCCACCUGCUCCCCCAGCCACGUCUUUGUCAAGGAGCCCACCCCCAGCAUAGCCUCGGACAUAUCGCUGCCCAUCGCCACGCAGGAGCUUCGGCAGAGGCUUCGGCAGCUUGAGAACGGGACGACGCUGGGACAGUCUCCGCUGGGGCAGAUCCAGCUGACCAUCCGGCACAGCUCGCAGAGAAACAAGCUGGUGGUGGUGGUGCACGCCUGCAGGAAUCUCAUCGCCUUCUCCGAAGACGGCUCCGACCCCUACGUCCGCAUGUACUUGUUACCGGACAAGAGGAGGUCGGGAAGGAGGAAAACGCACGUGUCGAAAAAAACACUGAACCCUGUGUUUGAUCAGAGCUUCGAUUUCAGCGUUUCCUUACCGGAUGUGCAGAGGAGGACACUGGACGUUGCUGUGAAGAACAGCGGCGGCUUCCUGUCCAAAGACAAGGGGCUGCUCGGCAAAGUGCUGGUUGCUCUGGCGUCGGACGAGCUCGCCAAAGGCUGGACCCAGUGGUAUGACCUCACGGAAGACGGGAUGAGACCACACGUGGUGACGUAGGCCGCGCCGGGCCCGUCGCGCUCCCUGGUGUGUCGGCCCCGCCCUGCGCGCAGGAAGGCACCCGCCCCCACUCACCGACGCUAUUUUUAUACUUCUUGUUCUUCGCUGGACAUGCCUUACUCGUUUUAUAAAACGUGGACAUUUGAGGCAUAUUUGGCCGAUGUUAUUGUUCAGUUUUGUGUGUUUGACUCCCUCCAGUGUGUCAGCAGCUGUCACAGCCCCUAGUAGGGCAGCAGGCACCGGUGGGUGGGGGAAGCUGUCUGUCUGGGAGGCGGGUCCGAGUGUGAGCUUUGUUGUCGCCUCGUUUUGUGUGUCCCUGGGGCGCACCGUGCCAUGUAAAUAGACUCUAUUUUUUAUAAUCUCUACGUGCUGGUUUGAAUUCAGAAGAAAAUGGCUUAAGGAAAUAUAUAUAUUUUCUUCUAAAUUCUUAUGACAAAUAAUCAUUUUUGUCUUUGCAGGAAAAAGUUUUCAGUGACUUAUUUUGUGCUGCUUAUUUUUUAAAAGAAAAGCUGAAAGAUUAUGAAAUAUUAGUAUAUUUCUGUCCACUAUCAAUGAAAGAAAGUAUUAAAACUAUUAACACUUCCGUGACCACGAAGAUGCGUUACUGAGAAGCUGCAGUGCUUGUAAGGGCGAAGGCGGUGCAGCUGAGCUGCAUAAACCAUUAUGGGGGCUGCUGGAGGGUUCCACAGUCACAGUGUACUGAUCUGAAACACCUUACAUAAAGUGGAGACGUUGGAAGUUUUUAACUGCUUGUCGUAACUUGUUCAUGAAGUAGUGCAACGACACACAACUGCACUUUUUUUAAAACGCAACCCAGAUGGUCAGGGUCCGUGCGAGGCUGUGGUGCAGUAGCGCUGGUAAUUGCCCGUGUUUCCUGGCCUGUGAGGGGAGACCAGCUCCCACUGCCACCCUGCAGGCUGCCAGGUCGGCUGGGGUAAGCAGACGGGGAGGGGCUUCUCCCGAUCGCUGCUGCACCCACUCCUCAGUGUGGCACGGGCGAACACAGGAUGGGGCCUGAGCUGGCUCUCGGUUCCAUUCUGCCCUCAUGCCGGGCCCCCCAGGACCCAGGGUGCCAGCAGCUGGCAUUUGGGGGCGACUCCGCUUCCUGGGUUUCCAAAGUUACUUCCUACCAACUGAUAUCAGUAUCACAACAUUGUCACACAGUUUUUACUUUGGAAUAUAUUUUUCUCACUAGAUUAUUAAAAGCAUGCUUUGUAUCCCUUCGAGUGUCAGUGGCCGUGUCCUGAGCCGUGUGUGUGGGUCCGUGGAGGAUGCACACGUGCAGAGAACGUGCUGCGUGCCUUCGGACUGUGAGAACCCCUAGAGUUCAGUGAUGCGUCGGGCAAGGAGCUCUGGGACUGAGGUGUGCACUCUCACCGCCAAGCACCUCGUGGCCCCGGGCUGCUCAGACUGGGCUGCCCAGGUGCCCGUGUGGCCGCCUGCCACCCCGCACACCACUGCCCUUCAGGGCUUUUGGCUCUUUCCCCUUUGCUCCUGAACUGUGGGGGUGGUGAUGCUGGAGCUGCCUGUUUCACAGCGCAUUUCAGGUUGUCGAAAAGACCCAUCCGGUCCCACGGUCUCCUGUGUGGUGUGCAGGGGGAAGCUUACAAGCAUCCUGGUAACACGUGAACUUGUGCGCACACAGGGCACACGGCUGGUAUUUUAGCAGCUGGAGAAGGACUGGACAUUACUCAGUCCGGUUCCCUGCCCGUGACGUGUGGUUUAUUGAAGACAUUUCUAACAUCAGGUCUGUGAAAGGGAUCAAUAAGGCAGAAACGCUCACUGGGAUUCAGCGCAUCAAUAAUUUCUACCAACAUCUUAAAACUUCUGGCUUUUGCAGCUUCAACCAUUCAAUGUGUAUUUUACUUGAUGGAUUGUUUAUUUUAAGCAAUUGGGUGAAAUAAACAUAACAUGAGGCAAAAAAUCCAAACAAAGCUUGUUGGCCACAGGAUGCCUGCCCCCUGAGAAUGGCCACCUGCAGGUUCCCAGGCCUCUCACAGGGAAGGAGCAGAGGAAGGGUGGUUCUGAGGGGCUGAAACACCUCGCCGAUGUGAUUCUGACUUAAUUUGGUGACAAGAGUGUUCAAAGGGAAGCUCUCAUUUCCAUGGGGAAGCAUAAGAACCACCAGGGAGGCCUGACUUGGUGCUGCAGGGCCCUGGCGAUGCAGGAGGCUCCGGGCCCUCAGAAUGCUCACUUCUAGUUCCUUCUGGUUGAUUCACCUGGGAAAGGGUAUUAAGCUUUUCCACAUUGAGCCAAAGCAGUGCAGGGACACGUGCUUAACUGAAUUUGAAUUCCCUUUUGGUUGUCCGUGUGGGUUGCUAGUCCUGUGCCUUAAAACACAGAAGUACAAAUGUGUUGUUUUCAAACUUCAGAUGAAAACAGGCCCUUGUAGAGUUGCCCUUCUGUACUGCGAGAAUUCCUGCCACAGACGCCCUGCAUCCAGAGCCGGUCCCUGCCUUCUCGGGAACCUGCACCAACGGCAGCUCUGUGUACACACGCAACUCUGGGUGUGCCCAAGACUGCGGCUGUCACUCUGCCCUCCCCCCGGGGUCCCUGCUGCCAGUGGGAAGCUGCAGCAGGUGUUCUGCUGGGUGGAGAGGGUCCACUGUAUCAGCUGAGGUCUCGUGACAGCACACAUAUGUGUUCAAUAAAACUUUCACGUCAGCUCA